AUGGCCUCCUCCAACCAGCCAGGGUCCCCCAAGGCGACGCCUACCGACGUGGCGCCUCCCACUGCCGCGCCUGAACAUGCGGCGCCUGCCACCGCAGAGCCCGCGAACGCCGCGCCUCCUAAUGCUGCGCCUUCAGCUGCAUCUGCCGCUGCUCCAAGUACCUACACGCCUUACCCUCUUUAUGCGCAUUUUGAGUUUCUUGAGCGUACGUCCUACACGGGCCAUUCCAUAAGUAGGAUCGUUUAUCCUCCUCAUCUCCCAAGUGCCUUCCGCCUCGUGUUUUGA